AGUGCCCCCGGGCCGGAGGGAAGGAGCCGGGCACACGCGCCCCGCGGGGACACUCAGCGACAGGGGGGGUGGUGGCCGGCUGACCCCAGAGGCGAGGCAGGGCGGGCCGGGUGGUUUCAUGUGUUGGCCCCGGGCUUAGUGGAGUCGGACCCGGGGGUUUUCUGUCUUUAUCUCUGGUUGUCGGUCGGGGUGGUGAGGGGCUGAAAGAUGGAGACUGUCAGUCGAAGCAGCUUCCAGCCGCAUCCCGGGCUGCAGAAGACCUUGGAACAGUUUCAUCUGAGCUCCAUGAGCUCCCUGGGUGGCCCGGCCGCCUUCUCCGCCCGCUGGGCGCAGGAGAUGUACAAGAAGGACAAUGGCAAAGAGCCGGCGGAGCCCGUCCUCCACCUGCCCCCCAUCCAGCCCCCGCCCGUCAUGCCGGGCCCCUUUUUCAUGCCGUCGGACCGCUCCACGGAGCGGUGCGAGACCAUCCUGGAAGGGGAGACCAUCUCCUGCUUCGUGGUGGGUGGGGAGAAGCGGCUGUGCCUGCCCCAGAUCCUGAACUCCGUGCUCAGGGACUUCUCCCUGCAGCAGAUCAACUCGGUGUGCGACGAGCUGCACAUCUACUGCUCCAGGUGCACGGCCGACCAGCUGGAGAUCCUGAAAGUCAUGGGCAUCCUGCCCUUCUCGGCCCCCUCCUGCGGGCUCAUCACCAAGACGGACGCCGAGAGGCUCUGCAAUGCCUUGCUCUACGGGGGCACCUACCCGCCCCACUGCAAGAAGGAGUUCUCCAGCACCAUCGAGCUGGAGCUCACCGAGAAGAGCUUCAAGGUGUACCACGAGUGCUUUGGGAAGUGCAAGGGACUCCUCGUGCCAGAGCUGUACACCAACCCCAGCGCUGCCUGCAUCCAGUGCUUGGACUGCAGGCUCAUGUACCCGCCUCACAAAUUUGUGGUCCACUCGCAUAAAUCCUUGGAGAACAGGACUUGCCACUGGGGCUUUGACUCGGCGAACUGGAGGUCCUAUAUCCUCCUCAGCCAGGAUUACACCGGCAAAGAGGAGAAAGCAAGGCUGGGCCAGCUCUUGGAUGAAAUGAAGGAGAAAUUUGACUACAGCAACAAAUACAAGAGAAAAGCACCCAGGAUCCCUUCAGAUCCUCCUGCUUCCAAAAAGCCCAAAACUGAUGACUCUGCUUCCCAGUCUCCAACUUCUGCCGAGAAGGAAAAGCAGUCCAGUUGGUUACGAUCCUUGUCUGGUUCAUCCAAUAAGAGUAUUGGUUGUGUCCAUCCCCGUCAACGCCUCUCUGCUUUCCGGCCUUGGUCCCCUGCUGUUUCAGCAAACGAGAAAGAUCUCUCGACACAUCUUCCCAUACUAAUCCGAGACAGUUUUUACUCCUACAAAAGUUUCGAGAAUGCUGUGGCCCCCAACGUGGCUCUUGCGCCUCCUGCUCAGCAGAAGAUUAUAAGCAAUUCCCCAUGUGCCACAGUGGUGUCACGGAGCAGUGAGCCAAUGAGCAGCCCAGUCCAGCCACGGAAAAGGAAGCUGACUGCAGACAACCCAGCAGUCCCGGACACAGUGACCACUGUCACUGCCACCGAAGAGGACAAAGAGUCAGAAGCAGAGAUUGAAGUAGAAACCCGGGAGGAAUGUAAGUUCACCUCCUCCCUGUCCUCGCUCUCCUCCCCAUCCUUUACUUCAUCCAGCUCUGCGAAGGACAUGAGCUCACCUAGCAUGCAAACCACGGCCACUGUCAGCAACUCCUUUGAAGUUGCCACCCAUGCUGAGUCUCACAGCAGCGGAUUGGAAGCUGAACUGGAGCAUCUAAGGCAGGCCCUGGACAGUGGCCUGGAUACUAAAGAAGCCAAAGAGAAAUUCCUCCAUGAAGUAGUUAAAAUGAGAGUGAAGCAGGAGGAGAAGCUAAAUGCUGCCUUGCAGGCUAAACGAAGCCUGCACCAGGAGCUGGAGUUCCUGCGUGUGGCUAAGAAGGAGAAGCUGAGAGAGGCAACCGAGGCAAAGCGCAACUUGAGGAAAGAGAUUGAACGUCUUAGAGCUGAGAACGAGAAGAAAAUGAAAGAAGCCAAUGAGUCGCGGAUACGACUAAAGCGGGAACUGGAGCAAGCCAGGCAGAUCCGGGUGUGUGACAAAGGAUGUGAAGCAGGCAGGCUGCGGGCCAAAUACUCUGCCCAGAUUGAGGACCUACAGGUUAAGCUUCAGCAUGCCGAGGCUGACAGGGAACAGCUCCGAGCGGACCUGCUGCAUGAGAGGGAGGCUCGGGAACACUUGGAAAAAGUGGUCAAGGAACUUCAGGAACAACUGUGGCCUAAAUCAAGCAAUCAUCCCAGCAGUGAGAACACAGCAAACAACACUGAGAAUUAACGUCUGAUCUAUAAACAAAAUGACAUAUAUGCACAGUAAGGGAGGAUGUGUGGGGUGUGUGUGUACGUGCAUGUGUGAGUGGGUGUGUGUUGCGCUGCACACAUCUAUAAAUAUGGACUUUAUCAGUAGUUGGAGGGCAAAUGUUACUCUUUACAACAGAAGCACUGACUUACGCCUCUUUUUUCAAUCCAUAUAGCACAACAUCUUACUGUGCCUAUACCACACAGAGUGUUUAUAAACUAAAUACUUUUGAGUCCACUGCAAAUUUUCUACUGGCAAACUUCAAGCAAGCAGCAUCGUCCAGUUCAAACCAGAGUAUAAGGCAAGCAACCAUGGCAGUGCUGUGAUGUUGUUCUUGUGCUUGCUGGAACACUUUGGAAUGUAAAACAAAAAAAAACAACAACAAACUUUUUGUUAUAAGCUAUUUAAAAUGAUUACAUUAUACAGACUUGGUAUUAAAACAAUUAACAAGAUUUUUUUUUAAUAAGGAACCUUUAAAAGCAAAACAAACUAAUUAAAAAAAACAAACCCUUGAUGCACAAUUUUUAAAUGACUUGUUACAGGCUUUGGGAUUCUUAUUGUAGAAGCCCUCUGGUGAUAUUGCCAUUUCAUCAGCAAUUUUCAACCCCUUAGGAAGCCAUCACAGUUUUAACAUUGUCAUGUGGUUCUAUGAGAAUUUCAGAGUGCUUUUCAAAGUUGAUUUUUUUUCUUAGUAUGAACGAUCCUCGUUUUCCUCUACUAAACCCAGGAAGAAAGGAGGAUGGAGGGGAGUGCAUGUGUGGGGAGAGUGUAUGCUAGAGAGAGAUAAAUCCAGCCUUAUUGACUUCAGUGUUUGUAAAUCAUGCCAUAAUUUUUAAAGAUAUCGGUCAUUAACUGAUGUGUUCAAAAGACUCACUUCAUCCAAGAACACUUCAGUUUUAGGAAAAGAAUGGAAGAAGAAAGAAAGUGAAUGAACUUAAGUUGGUUGAAAGAUAAGCAAAAAAAAAAAACAAAAAAAAAACACAACCUGCAUUUUGAAGUCAUUCUGAAAUCUUUACUUCAGUUUUCCAGAGAACUCAUCUUUGUUACACAAUCCUUUCAUAAAUUCAGUAUUGAUUUACCUACUCGGCAUCGUCUGUCAGGAUUACUGUGCCCAAGGACAGUGCAACACCAGAUACUACAGAAAACUAAGAAUGACACUUUUGCUGCUGUGAAUAAGGCUACAUCUUUUAUUUUUUUUAAAUAAUAGAAAUUACUUUAAUUUUGGGAUCCAAGCCGCAGCCCUGGAAUAAAAUUGCAGCAUUACAUCACUUUGUCUUUUUUUAUUUUUAUUUUUUUUUUUUAAGGAACUGCACUUUGUCAAAAAUCUUCCUCUGCAUUUUAUUCCACAGUUGUAAAGUUUACAGGUUGAUUAUUCUAGGUUGAACUGUGCUUUAAAGACUUCAAAACAUCCACCCGAUUCUCCACAGCCUGGCACCUCGUGUCAUCAUUCACACCCAGGCAAAGUGACUGCAGACCAGGCACUGAGCUACCAAAUCAGGAUUUUCCAUAUACAUAUGCUAGUAGCAGUAUUUUAUACUCGCUUUGCAUGGUUGUACAUAUCGACAAAGUGGAAGGAUGUGGAGAUUUGGGCUUUCCCCAUGUGUUUGUUAUAGAUAUAUAUAUGCAGUGCUUUACUGAACAAGGGAAAUCAUUUAAUAAAAAACACACAUUUCUCAAUCUGCAUCCAAGUUAAAAGGCAUAAGGUAAAAAUUGGACCUGGGGCUGCUGAUGUGCCUUCCAGCUAAUUAUUCCUUUCAGCAUCUUGUAAAGGAAAUGUUGACUUUUUUUCCACAACUUAAAGAAGAAAAG